AUGAAUGAGGACGAAAUAGGAUUCGAGUUCAAAGACUGCAAAACAGUUUGUCAAGAAGACGGCUGCAACGACUCAAGAACGAACGUAGAAGUCCUAUCAGAAUAUUCAACCGGAACUGUCAAAUCCUGCAGAACCUGUAGUGAAACAAAAAUCGGCGCAUACAACGACCUUGAGUGCGAAAAUGAAGAAACCAUUGAUUGUCCCGCAUAUGCCGAUACGAGCUGUUUUACUGCAGCAUACACACGCGAGUUCGAUGGGACAUAUUCUCAUCAGCUAAACAAAGGUUGCUCAAGCUUCAAGAGCAACUUUGAAGACAGUCCAACAUGCUUUGAAAUUAACCACAAUGGGUAUGAAAAUUAUCGCGAAGAAACCUGCAAGGAAAGUUGUACAGAAGACAACUGCAAUGAGGCCAUUUCACUUAGACCUUGCUUAGACAACCAGAUUUGCCCGUAA